AUGGCCUCGACAGCCUCUUCAGCGCCGUUUCGCCCCGAUGAUCACCCCCAGGAAACAGCCUUUGAAGACAUUAGCGAUAAUGACGACGCGAGCGAGAUCACAACCUCGUCAUAUGAAAGCCCCGCGCGCCGCGCCCUCACUGACAUUGAAAGGCGCUCGUACGGCUCCGUACAGCGCAGCCUCAGCUUCAAGCUGCCAGCCGCGACAGCCUCGGCGCGUGCCAUUGCGCCCGAUCUCGUGCGAGGCCUCCUCAUGGCCUUCAUGGCCAUCGACCACAACACCAUGGCCCUCGGCGCCUGGCAGCACGGCACCGGCCGCGUGACCGAGGAGGAUGGUGCCGUCGUGCAUGAGUGGAAUUAUCGCAUCGCCUACGCCAUGCGCACCCUCGCCCAUUUCUGCGCGCCUGGGUUCACUUUCUUGCUGGGCAUGGGCAUCGUGUACUUUGGCCGGUCGAGGACGAAGCUCGGAUGGUCUGCCAGCCGAAUGGUUCGGCAUUUCCUUGUCAGGGCCGUCGUUUUGACGCUCGUGUCAAUGGCCAUGGGGGGCAUCAUCUCGAGGGGCGCCGUGUGGGUUUUCAACAUCAUUCUGAUCGCGCUGGCCGUGGAUUAUUUUUUGGUGGGCGUGCUGUGGGUUGGACUCUCGUAUACCGAAGUGGCUCUCGCAACGCUCCUAUCCCGGUGGAUUCCCGACGACGAGGCCGAGGCACCUCUUCUCGUCAACAACCGCGACGUGGGCUUCUCUGAGAAGCCCUCAUCCCGCGCCGAGAGCAUUUCGUGGACGUUUCACAACAUGAUCCUUCUGGUUCUGACGGCUGUCACUAUCUGGUGGAACAUGUGGAUGUCCCCAACUCACGGCUACUGCCUUCCCGAAGGCCCCCGCGAGCCCAAGGGCAGCGUCUUCCUCCGCUUCUGGUUCUACCAAGUCAUGACCAUGCAGUUCCCCGGUAUCGUCUCCGGCUUCCCGCCCCUCGCCUGGAUCUCCUUUGCCAUCCUCGGCGUCCUAUACGGCCGUCUGAUCCUACGCCGCUCCUGGUCCGCCACGACCGUCGCCUGCGCCAACCUCGCCGCCGCCCUGGCCUUCUCCGUCCUUUUCGUCCUGACGCGCGUCCUGCGCUUCGGCAACCUGUCCGAGAACUGCCUCCAGACGAGCGACCAGCUUGCGCACCCGCAAACGAACCCGUACCUGGCCUCCGUAGCCUCCUUCUUCUAUGUUGUCAAGUAUCCGCCCGACGUCGCCUUUUUUGCCUUCACCCUCGCCGGCACGUUCCUCCUCCUCGCCCUCUUCACGGCAGUCCCCGCGUCUUUCGCAAAGCGCUACUUCAAGGUCCUGCUCGUCUUUGGCACGUCGGCCCUGUUCUUUUACGUGACGCACAUGUUCCUGCUCUUCGCCUUUGGAGGCAUCCUCGUGGCGCUCUUCGGCGCAUUCAAGAGCACCAAGGGACCUGAUUCGAUUUGGAAGUUCUUCUAA